AUGAACGACAAAGGUGGGCCAAUUAUGUGUCCAGUUAUCAUGGUAUGUUUUGCGAUUGAUGACCAUGGAUUUCUCUUAUCACAUUUCCUUUUGGGUUUAUGCUUCGACAUUGACUGCCAUACUCGGUUGGGGAUCGCGCCUUCUGUGGUCGCACAGGGUCCAACAACAUCGAAGAACACCGAUACGACGGAUGAUGGUGAGCAGACUGAUGAGCACAGCGUUGUGGUUAAAAUGUGGCGGGACGGAUUUAGUUUGGAUGAUGGCCCUCUUCGUGCUUACAACGACCCAGCUUCACGAUCAUUUUUGGAAGAUAUCCAAGCUGGCACAGUACCACAAGUGAGUAUAAAAUUGCUUUUUUUCUUGAUAUUUUUUCAAGUUUUUUUUAUCAGCCAGGGAGAGUGGGGAUGGUUAAAGAAAGAUAGCAGUUUGAAUAUUCCAAAUGAAAGUAAUUUUACAACUUUUCUGCCGACACUGUGGAAGCUUUCGGCGCUUGAUUGCCGAACUUGGCUUCCGGUCAUUUGGUGUUNCGUCUUUCUGCAUUUGAGGAUGUCUCGGUGA